AUGAGUUUCGGAUAAGCAUGUGACGCACGGGCGGCACCCACGUUGUAGAUGAGCAGAGGGAAACUGGGACAAACCAAAAUCGAAUCGUAGUCGGUGUACAAGGCACGGUGUCCUGAGUGAGUUUUGGAGCCUUGGAGACAGGUCUGGGGACAUGCCCUGCGGGCUACAGCCCAGGGAGAGGCAAUACAGAGCGCUUUACAACCUUUGGAAAUCGCCUAGCAACCUCCCUUAGGGGUUCUGUGUGGCCCUGACUAGAAAUCUGGAGUCAACGCCCCAAGAUUGAUGAGUUUGCCUUGGGAGUCGGUGAAAAGGUGAAAGAAAGGCCAACAUGGGUCAGAAGGUGACAGGAGGGAUCAAGACUGUGGACAUGCGGGACCCCACAUACCGACCUCUAAAGCAGGAGCUCCAGGGUUUGGAUUAUUGCAAGCCCACCCGGCUGGACCUGCUGCUCGACAUGCCCCCCGUGUCCUACGAUGUCCAGCUGCUCCACUCCUGGAACAACAAUGACCGUUCGCUCAACGUCUUUGUGAAGGAAGAUGACAAGUUGAUCUUUCACCGGCAUCCGGUGGCCCAGAGCACGGACGCCAUCAGGGGCAAAGUUGGGUACACACGUGGACUACACGUAUGGCAGAUCACAUGGGCCAUGAGGCAACGAGGCACGCAUGCCGUGGUGGGGGUGGCCACAGCAGACGCCCCUUUGCACUCUGUUGGGUACACAACCCUUGUAGGAAAUAACCAUGAAUCCUGGGGCUGGGACCUGGGGCGUAACCGUCUCUACCACGACGGCAAGAACCAGCCAAGUAAAACAUACCCAGCCUUCCUGGAGCCAGAUGAGACUUUCAUUGUCCCAGACUCCUUCCUUGUGGCCCUGGACAUGGAUGAUGGGACCUUGAGUUUCAUCGUGGAUGGACAGUACAUGGGAGUGGCUUUCCGGGGACUCAAGGGUAAAAAGCUGUAUCCUGUAGUGAGUGCCGUCUGGGGCCACUGUGAGAUCCGCAUGCGCUACGUGAACGGACUUGAUCCUGAGCCCCUGCCACUCAUGGACCUGUGCCGGCGUUCGGUGCGCCUAGCGCUAGGGAAGGAACGUCUGGGCGCCAUCCCCGCUCUGCCGCUACCUGCCUCCCUCAAAGCCUACCUCCUCUACCAGUGAUCCGCAUCCCAGGAUCGCCGUGUGACAGCCACCUGGUGCCAACUCACUGAGCCGUUGGGGUCCACCGACCCCUGCGCCUGGGAUGGACGCCCACCCUCAGGCAUGGGCAGACGCACCCUCUCAUCCCACCGGCUGCCUCUGCUGGGUGGACCAAUGCCAACAGACUUCUCCCUUCCCAACACCGGCUGAAGCAGCAGCAUCCAGGCCCUUCCCUGAACCAGAUGCAGAGAAUAAACUAUGAGAACCUCUCUCAGGCGCCUCUGCUCUCCAGUGGAGUGGGCUGCCCCCCACUACUCCCUGCAGAGAGAGUCUACAGCCACCUGGGGGGGUUCCUGGGAGGUGAGACGAGUGGGAGAUGCCGGGGCAGAUCCCAAAAGCAGGAAUAUGCAGGACCAGGCCACACCGAUGAAGCUCAGGAUGUCACAUACCAUGGACACUGAGACAGAACCCCAGGCUGGACCUCCCUCGGGCCAGCCUUAGUGUCAGCUGCCGGUGCUCCGUGCCCUGUAUUUAUUCUUUAAACAGUAGCAAAGGCCAUUUAUUUAUUCCACUGAGAAAGGAAACCUUGUUGGGUGGCUUCCCUCGAUGUGCUCUGUUGCUUUCCCCGCACCUGCCACCUCCCUGGAAUGUGUGUGCCACACCCGUCCUUCUCCUGGGGCCAGGCCUGUGGCACGUGAGCUGGUGUGCACAGAUACAAGUAUGUCAUUGUGUACGACCUUUGACCCCGUUCCCAAGUAGCUCUGCGCCAAGCACCAGAGCAGAACCUGAGUCCCCAGGUACCUGCUCCUGUUACCUGGAGCAUCCAUACACCGUCACACGUGUUUUGAUCUCUCGUCUUCCGUGUGCUUUGAAUUUUGCCCCCCUGAUUCUUCUGAUAUUUCCUGUUGAAUCCUCCAAAGUUCUAGACCUGGAGGACCAUCGGGACACCGGGGGUGAGGGGAGGGGUCUCCAGCCCCUGGGAAAGCCACAGGCAAGGCAGGAUUAGACCUUGUCACACACGCACCCUCAAGCCUCAGCAGUGGGUGUAGGGUGGACAGGACGGGUGCCUGUCUCCUGCAGUGCACCAAUGGAGCACCACUGCUCCGGCUCUCUGGGGAUGUGGUCGGUUGGGAGAGGGCUUGCCUAGCACGCAGGAAGCUCAGGUUUCAUCCCCUGCACCAAGGAGAAUCAAAAGCCAGGAGGCUGAGGCAGGAGGAUUGCUGUUCAGUGCUGUACAGAGGUCGUGGACAUCCCGGGCUGUAUUAAAUCUUGUCCUUUAAGAAAAAAAGAAAAGAAACCAACUUCCAUCGAAUCUGAGUUCUGUUCAUUUCUGCACAGGUACAGUAGAUGACUUUAUUUGUUGAAAAUGUUUAAUAUAUUUACAUAGAUAUAUUUGUAAGAAUCAUUUUAAGCAGCUGCUGUAGGGUACCUUUUUUUUAAAAAAAAAUAAACAUCUUCCAGUAGAGUAUAAUUUUUAAGACACAGAGUUGGUGCGGAGACUAGAUAAAGAAUGUAAGUCAUUCCCUCUGCGUUUUGAGGUCCUUCUCCUUUUGGGGGGGGGCCCUUUGUCAGACAGAAAUCUUACUCGUUCUGGUUUUGGAGCGGAUCACAUUCAGCCGCAUAGAUCCCAGCUUGAUCUCCACCCGGCCGUACCCUCAUGGAUGCUGGCGAACAGCAAGGCUCUCCUGUGUCCCCCAUACUCCACCACCCCAGGACUCACCACACCUCCCUGCCGUCCCGUCACCAUCACCGUAAAGCCUUGUGGCGUGUAUAGUUCUGAAAUCCCCGUUCUGUUCUGUUUUAUGAUGACUCAUAUCAGUCAGUAACCUAAUAAAGGAAAGUUUGUUAAAAUAUGAAA